UUCAGUCUCUCCACAUCUGCAAAUCUUUACGUGCCCUUUCCUGCUUCCUAUCUGCCCUCCCUCCAAUUUUAUCUCUGAAGUUGUUGGUUUCUGAAUUCUGGUCGGUAUUCUAGGAACCUUAUCCAAUUUCUGCUUCCGAGUUAAGAGAUAACUAUCAACAACUAUCAAAAAGCGGUAGUUAUAAUCUGUUCGUUGGUUUACAAAGCUGAACGCAGCUUUUUACAACAUACCAACUUUAGCUUUAGUUUUCUAAUUCAUCACUACUAUGGAGAACAACAAGAAAGCGGGAAGUGGUGCAAGCCAUGGUUCUUCUUCUCCACCAUCAAGGAAUCUGGACCAUCUCUUUGGUCCCAAGGACUCCUCUUCAUCUUCUUCUUCAUCAUCCUCCUCCGGAUUAUUUGGCUCUCUUUUCCCACCAGUCCCAUCAACGGGAGUCGGGAGGGAGAGAAGGCACGACUUCGGAGAUCAAACUGGGAAGUAUGGGAAUCCAAGUUUUUCGGAUAAUAAGGGUGAAAGCAAAACCACCAAAGCUUCCAAUAUGUAUCAAAACGAAGCUGUGGAGCCAUGCAACUUCAGUUCAUCAAUCUACUAUGGCGGCCGAGAGAAUUAUAGUCCAAGAACUGGGACAACUGAAUCCCACCAGCACCAUACUUCUAAGAAAGAUGGUGGCGAGGACGAUGCAAAUGGGAAUGAUGCUAACAGUGUUUCAAGAGGAAACUGGUGGCAGGGUUCACUUUAUUACUAAUUAUUUGCUCUACGCAUUAUGUGAACUCACCACCUAAUAGCAGGGUCAAGCACAAAUAUAUAUGUAUGAUCUCUAUCUUGAAGCUAUAUAUGUAUGGAAAAUCAAAUAAAGAUGGUGGUGUUAUAUAUAGCAAUAGCAUGGCAGAUAGAGCUAGCAGAGCAGCCAUAACUGAUCCAGAAACUUAACUUGUUGGGUUAUUUUUACCCCACUUAGUCAAGUUGGCCAAGUUUAAUUAAAUAUGGAUAUGAGCUUAUUAAUCUCAGCUUUGAUGUACUUUGUUUUGUAAGAACUUUCCACGUACUAGUUAACUACACCUUGUGCUUUUUUGAAUUUCAA